AAAUAACCUCUCCCCCGCAAAAAGGAAAAGAAAAGGGAAGCAGAUCGAACCCUCUCGUCGGCAUUUCGCCGAGCACACGGCAUGCUGUCGCUCCGGCGCAUCCUCCGCCUCCCCGUGUCCUCCUCCCGCGGCCCCCGCCGCCUCCUCUCAUCCCACCGCCGCGCUCCAGCGCACCCGGCCGCGGCCACCGGGGACGACGAGUGGAACGACGCGUGGGAGACCGCAUGGCUCCCGGGCGACUCCCCCGCCUCCUCCCCGGCACCCGCCGCGCCGUGGGAGUCCCCCACCUCGGAAGCCGCCGCGGCCACCGUCCCGGCCGUAUCCGCCGAGGUGGACCCUGACACGAAGGCCUUCGUCGCCGACAUGGACGAGCGCUGGGCUGAGCGCCGCGCCGCGACGAGGCGGCUGCGCGCUCCUUCUCGCCCCACGGCCGCCGAGGGAGCGGGCGGCGCCGGGGCGAAGAAGGCAGGGGCGGACGAGUACAGGACGAGGAAGCAGCGCGUGCACGCUGCGCUUUGGGUGAAGGAGAUCGACAAGAUGGAGGAGGCGCGCCUCGGCGGCGGCGGCGGUGGCCGCGGGGCGGCCGACGACAUCGACCGGCUUCUUGACUCGUGCUCAGAGAUCUUUGAUUCCGGCAACGCUGAUUUUGGCGAUUCAAAGAUUCCAAGCACCGGUGAGAUCAAAACCAAGCCGGAUGGUUGGGAGACUACCUCGAGGGGUCAGGACGGUAACAUAUGGGAGAUCUCACAGCGCGAGGAGGACAUUCUUCUCCAAGAAUUUGAGAGGCGCAUUGCUUUCAGCAAACAGCAGAUUGCUAGCUUCAUCAAAACUCACAUAUUUAGUCGAAGACGGCCUAUCGACGGAUGGAAGUACAUGAUUGAAGAAAUCGGCCCCAACGCGAGGAAAGGGAAGGGGAGCGUACAAAGGCUACCAAGUGUGACUGAUCCGGCCACGCAGCCGUUCAGGGAGGAAUCGCCUGUAAUUGCGUCUGCUGGUGGUUCCUCCUCUGGUCCUCCCCCCUUCAGAGGAAACCGACAUUACUGAUGUUCAGUAUGCAUGCAAUCCCCUACCGAUUUUCAUUGCACACAUCCAGGCUUUGUGGCUCCAGAAGUGCACUGGUGGCUAGAUUCCUUGUGGAGAAACUUUGUGUAUUUUCUGGGUCAUAUAUGCUUCCUUGUGCUAAAAAAAAACUCAGCAACGCCAUCGCUCUGCCACUCCGAGGCCAAUCUUUUGCUACAUGCUAGGGUUAAGAUGAUAUUUUCAGCAGAGAUGUAAUUGUGGAGGAAAUGAUGGAAAGGCAUAUCCAGACCACAUGCAUUUUGAUGCACACAAGAAGAAUAUCUAGAGUGAGUAAAAUUUCGAGGGCAAAUCCAGGUUCAACCAUGCAUAGUGGACUACUCCCUUCGCUCCGAAUUACUUGUUGCGGGUAUGGAUGUAUCUAGAUGUAUUUUAGUUCUAGAUACAUCCAUUUCUGCGACGAGUAAUUUAGAACGGAGGGAGUACUGAAUUAGGUCAAUGAGUUACACCAAUCUUACACCACUCCUUGAACAACUGUUGUGAAUUGUGAUGUUUGUGAGGAGAUGGAUUUGAAACAUAGAAAAGAAAAGUGAGUUUGUGAAGUAUUUUCCUUGAAGUGAUGUUGAUGUAUGCACGCAGCAAUGACUAGAGGUGGUAGCACAUCUUCAACGCGGAUCACCAAAUAGACAUCAUCAAAUUUCCAUUGAAAAGUAGAAGAUGUUAGGUGUGGAGUUACGUGGUCCAACUGAGAGUGAGCCAUGCAAAUUUCCGGACUACCCCAAAGCUCCCCAGUUAGAGGAUGAUUUGUGUGAUUUUGGACGCCCGAACCAUUUCACGGAGAUUUGAUGACUUGCGUUAGGUCUAAAAGUGUCCGGACCAUCCUGUCCAAUCUUUACAAGCAUUUUGGUGUUCUGCAUUGGAGACGGGCUAAU